ACACUCGGUGCGAUAUUGACAAUAACAGAAUUCUUUGUGUCAGCACCGGCGUUACACGUUGUACAGCGGUUUAACGAAAGUGUUGUUUUUAAAAGUUAGAAUAGUUUACUUAAUUACUUAAUUGUGUCUCUUUUCUCUUCUGACAUAUGGACGUAUCAUAUUUUCUUCAGACAUCUUUUGUUUUUUUAAGUGUUAAUGUGGACUUUUGUCUUCUUUGUGUGAGAUUUUGGCUGUAAAUUGAUCAGUGCUGUGAGUGGCCCUCUCCAGACGCAGUCAUGGUGUUGAUCCUGGGCCGGCGUCUGAUCCGCGAGGAGUCAGCAGGCAUCCGCGACUCCCCUGCCAUCAAGCGCAAGGUAUUUGAGAUGGAGCCCAAGAACCUGGGUGAUGUAUUCGACUUCUCCUCAGGGCCAUCACACUCCGAGAGCGUGCUGCAGGUGUUCAACGAGUUCCGUGAGACCCGGCUGUUCACAGACGUAGUGAUCAGCGUGCAGGGCCGCGAGUUCCCCUGCCACCGCGCCGUCCUGUCCGCCUGCAGUGGCUACUUCCGUGCCAUGUUCUGCAACGACCACCGUGAGAGCCGUCAGAUGCUGGUGGAAAUCAAUGGCAUCCAGGCUGAAGCCAUGGAUGUCUUUCUGCAGUAUGUCUACACUGGACGGGCCAAGAUCACCACGCAGAAUGUCCAGUACCUCUUUGAAACCUCCAGCCUCUUCCAGAUCGCCACCCUGAGAGACGCCUGCGCCAAAUUCUUGGAGGACCAGCUGGACCCCUGCAACUGCCUCGGGAUGCAACGCUUCGCCGAUGCCCACUCCCUCAAACAGCUGGCCAGCCGCUGCCGAGGUUAUGCCCUGCAGAACUUUCCAGAAGUUGCCCAGCAUGAGGAAUUCCUGGACUUGCGGAGGGAGGAACUGGAGGAGUAUAUAGCCAGUGAUGAGCUGUGUGUAGGCAGGGAGGAGGUGGUGUUUGAAGCUGUGAUGAGGUGGGUCUACCAUGCUGUGGACUGCCGCAGGCCUCUGCUGAAAGAUCUUCUUCAGCAUGUGAGGCUACCGCUUCUGCACCCCAACUACUUUGUACAGACGGUGGAGGGUGAUCAGCUGAUCCAGAAUGCUCCGGAAUGUUACCAGCUGCUGCACGAGGCUCGGCGCUACCACGUGCUCGGUAACGAGAUGAUGUCACCACGAACCAGACCACGCAGGUCGACUGGUUUUUCAGAGGUGAUUGUGGUGGUGGGAGGGUGCGAGAGGUUAGGGGGUUUCAACCUGCCCUACACAGAGUGUUAUGACCCCGUUACGGGUGACUGGAAGUCUUUGGCCAAGCAUCCAGAAUUCACCAAGUCAGAGUAUGCAGUGUGUGCCCUGCGCAACGACAUCCUCGUCUCAGGUGGCCGCAUCAACAGCAGCUAUGUUUGGAUGUACAACUCUCAGCUGAACCUGUGGAUCAGGGUGGCCUCGCUGAACAAGGGCCGCUGGAGACACAAGAUGUCUGUGCUGCUUGGGAAGGCGUAUGCAGUAGGAGGAUAUGAUGGUCAGUCUUGUCUCAGUAAUGUGGAGGUGUAUGACUCUUUCUCCAACCGCUGGACGGAGGUGGCCCCUCUGAAGGAGGCUGUGAGCUCUCCAGCUGUGGCCAGCUGUGCAGGGAGACUCUUCGUCAUCGGGGGAGAGCCAGACGAGAACAGCUGCACAGACAAGGUACAAUGUUAUGACCCAGAGACGGACAGCUGGUUGCUAAGAGCCAACGUUCCAGUCUCAAAGCGCAACAUCACAGCUGUCUCGCUGAACAACCUGGUGUACGUGUGUGGAGGCUUGACCAAGAGCAUCUACUGCUAUGACCCAGUGCAGGACUUCUGGAUGCCUGUGGUCAACACCUUCAGCAGACAGGAGUGCUGUGGUAUGUCGGUGUGUAAUGGAAAGAUUUUCAUCUUGGGUGGACGAGGAGAGAACGGCGAAGCCUCUGACAGCAUUCUGUGUUAUGAUCCUGCCUCUGGCAUCAUCACAGGUGUGGCUGCUAUGCCCCGCCCCAUUUCCUACCACGGCUGCAUCACCAUACACCGCUUCAACGAAAAACUGCAUCGGACCUGAGAUCAUAGCCACACACACGAGCACACAAGCAGCUGGCUGGUUUAAAACACCAUUGGACCACUGGAACAAUGACCCCCACUAUUCUUGCUGAUUUGACCACUUUUUUAAGGAGUUUAGAUUGCCAUGUGCAGGUCAAGGUGGUCUAACAAUCUUUUCAACUUUUUCAAAGAGGGAAUCUACACUUUUUCAUUUUUUUUCUGUCAGGUCUCUCUCUCUUUCCCUCUAUUUUCCUGUUUGUAGGGGCCCAAGCACUCAGUUUUCCUAUUUAGUUUAUAUUUUCCUAUGUACUCUCUCUCUUAUUCAAAUGUACAGCAUACUUAUGAAAACAUGGAUACCUGCCAGCCUGCUAGGGUACCGGAUGCAUUCUUGUAACUCCACACAUCAUGCCACGCUUGGCUUACGCAAUGCUUCCUUGGAAUCGUGAGUUUCCACUGUAUUAGCCAGAAACAGCAGCGGCAACAACAGUCAUGAAUCAGCUGCCUUUCAUCAAAGAAUAGAGCAGUGAGGCGUACGCUCUCCUGUGGUUUCGACCAUUCUUUUAGUGUUAGUGUUUGUUUCUUUUAGUUGUCGUCUGAUUACUCACUAUUUGCCUAUUAUUUUACGUAUUGGUAGUUGUCCUCAUUUUUAGCAUUUAGUUUUUUCUUUCUUAUAAUCAGUAAUUGUGUAAAAUCUUUUUAUUUUCUAUUUUUUCAUUGUUGAUCUUAUAUUCUUUUAAAUUAUAUUUGUAAUUUGUUCUUUUUUCAUAUUACUUUUUACAGUUUUCUUUUUAUUAUUAAUGAUGUAUUAUGCAGAAUAUAAAAGCAGUAUAUAGCAUAUAGUCUUUAGCCUGUAGAUAAAGGUAGCUUACUUUAGACUUUUGACUUUGGGGUCAAAACAUGCAAUUACAAGUUUGUUAUUCUAGCAGAUGGACUCCGAAUAGACAGCACGAAGCAGUGGACACACUGAACUGUGCUUGUGGCUGCACCCAGACUGACGGACAGUUUUGAAACUGGUCAGUAACGAAUCAAGAGCCUCUGUUGGUUUCUUCCUAAACGUUAUUGCUGUGAAUCUUUUUAUUUUUUCUUUUCUCUGUUUCACUUUUAUUUAAGUGUGCCUGUAGCAUGCAUAACCAUUGUGCCUUUCUGUUUUAUUAAAAAAACAGAGCCCCAGGCAUGCCCUUAAUGCAAGGUUAUUAAGUAUGUUAUCAUUAGUGCUAUGAUUUCUCAAUGUAAAUAGAUUUUCAUUGAUUACUAUUAUGUGUUAGUAGCCUGUGUUAACCAUUUUCUGUGUUGUAAAUGUAAGUGGCUUUCCGUCACAUGUGCCUCACCUGCGUUUUGGUGACGCAAAAUGCUUGAUAAGGCGAGACUGCUUAUCAAGAAUGCAGCUGGGGUUUUUCAGACCCCUUCUUCAUCCUACCCAAGCUGAAUAAUGCAUAACUUAGUCACAGUCAGGAAGUUUUAAAGUUUUUUUUCAAGUUAUCUGUUUAUUUUUGUUUAUAUUCAGUUUACUGACACUGGCAUCUUGAAGACAAAUACCUGAAAAUGCUUCGCCUUUCAACAUAUAUAUAUAUAUAUAUAUAUAUAUAUAUAUAUAUAUAUAUAUAUAUAUAUAUAUAUAUAUUCCAACAUAGAUGCUGAAGUUCAGCUUUUUUCAACCUGCCACAUCUGCAACAUACAGUUACCACAGACAGUAGUUUUAAUGUUUCCUUGUACUGAGAAAAGAACUGAAAACCUGUUGGAUCGAAACUCGCUUCCAAAAGAAGCCAAUGGGCUGGAGUACUCCUUUAAUGCAAAUAUAAGCAAAUCUUUAGGAGGUUCUUAUAUUCAGAGGUUUAGGUGAGAGACGUUGCCCCCAAGCCUCAAUAAUGAAAAUAAUUAAAUGAAAGUUCAGUUCUAAAGAUGCUGCUCUAGUCACCAGAAAACCCUGUCAUGCCUUGACAAAUCAGCAUGUUUGAAAUCAUUUUCAUCGUUUUCAUCGGAAAAAAAGGUUUGUAGAAUGCAGCAGUGCCAGAUGAUUGUUACCAAAGGCCAGCGCCGGUUUGACUUAUCUGAAGUAAUCACAUAGAUUUAGACAAGAAUGCUGGCAUGCAGUUUUGGAGAGCAAUUCACAAGAACAGUUUCCCCCGAGCAUAUUUGUGCUCUAUCUUUGCCAUAGAUCUAAGCGUGCGUGUUAGAUGUCUUUGUUGCCUCAUUUAAGGGCUAUUAUUGUGUUUUUUCAUCAGUUGGCCUUACCAGCAGUGUCAUUUCUCAUAUUGGAUAUAAUGAUUUCAUAUGUGACAUUCUGAACAGCAGGCUCUUGCGGUAAAAUAAACCCAUAUGGGAGAUUCAAUAUGAUUGAAUGAAUAUAUUAUGAAUAGGGCUGCACGAUAUGGACAAAAUACUAGGAUCGCAGCUCCACGCGACUGUGCCAGAAAUAUCUAAUUGCCAAUAGUGCGGCAUAGUUAAAGAUUGGCCUCCAGUAUUUUGACCAAAAUAAUUUUCUGUUGUUGGAAUACAUGAAUAUUCAUCAAAACAAUUCAUCAAAACACUCACAGAAACACUCAUCUGGAACUGUGAUUAGUCAGAAUUAGGGAUGGGCAGUAUGAUGAAACUUAACAUUACUGUGAUAAUUUAUGUCACAUUAUGUCAUAAUAUGCUGUUCUGAGCAUAUUGUGGAUAUCAUGCUUAAAGAAUACCGAACAACUGCAUGACUGAGUAAAAAGAGAGCAUGAUUAGUCUUGUUUAAUUGGAUAUAGUGCAGCACAGUAUGUGAACCACUGAAACAUUUACUGCAUUCAUAGUUCUUGACAGUUAAAUGAUUCUUUUUGCCUGUUUCUGUUUCUUACUUAUCAAAGCUCAGAAAACUGCAGUCUACUGCAAAAGCCAUUAUUGCGAUAACAAUUAACAAACAAUAUAUUGUGCAGGCCUAAUGUAUUAGAUACUUAGGCUAUGUUCUGUAAUACCGGCAUUAGUAUCUAUACAUAGGUCCAAUGAAAUACAUUCAAUUAAAAUUAAGUUUGCUGUUUGCCUCCACAAAUGUAUGUAGAACAGUAACUGAUUAUAGAAUGUACAAUAACUGACUACGGGUUCAAUGCAGUAUAUUACAUCAUUGGUUUCCAGAAGCAAUGCAAUAUUUCAGCCUUAAGGAGUGGGUUGGGAAUAAGUGUCCACCUUUUGAAUGAUGUCCUUUUUAAUAUGUAUACAUAUGGAGUGAGCGUGUGAGAAAAUGAGCUGUUUGUUGUAUUUUCAUUCAUUCAGCAGUGCUUUUCUGUAUAUUGCUUGCAGACCUAUUAGUGAAGCCACAAUAAAGUUUUUUUUU